AUGGCGCCCACGAGCCCCGUCAUUCAACAGAAUGGCGCGGCCAAGAUAAAGCGACCAGUUCCGCCUGGCAUUCAAACCAACGGGAUCUCAUCGUCAAAUUCGUCUCCAUCGCCUUCCAUGUCGGCAAAGAAACCGCCCACGAGCGCGAAGCAAACUCCGAACUCGGCCUGCGACCGCUCCCUCACUACCUCCACCCUUCGCACGGUCAAUCGGGCGCGCCGCGAGACCUCAUCUCAGGCGGCCGGUAGGAACUCGAGAAACAGCGCCGGAAUGCGUACCGGCUCAUUUUCUGCAGAUGCUGGUGCCAAGGAUGGCGGUCCUCUUCCAUACGUUGUUACCUCCCGGUACAUCUUGAACAAACACGCCGGGAACCCUCCAUCCUUGGUUGUCCAUCUGCACGCGACAAAUUUUCGAUUCGAUGGGCAAGAUGGAAUGUUUCCCUAUAAAUCGCCAAUGGGAAAAUUCAUCGAGCACAUCAAAGCGCGCACGCUUCCGCACGAUAUCCUGGAGUAUCUGGUCGAGGCAAACGUACCAUUUUACGACGGAUGUCUUAUCGUUCAAAUUCACGAUCACAAAUCCCUUGCCCAAACGACAAAGGCUGUCACCAAAUCCUCACCGACGUCCAACGCCGUCGUGCCUUCGUCGAUUCACAACUACAACCAGUAUUUAACGCCCUCGCCCUACGUUCCCUUCCCGAAGGAAGAACAAGGGGCAGAAAAUGGUGUUUCCAACAAGGACAUUGACAGUGUAAAGGAGUCGCCAGAAGAUGAACAAGACCAGGAGAGCGUGACUGCUCCAGUACAGCCAGCGGAGUCCACGGUAAACAAGGAACCCGCGAAGCCCAAGAUUUUCACCGUCGUCUUGCAUCCCACCCCUGAGUCUCUACAGGUUGAUCUCAGGAUCAAGGCUACCACGCCAAGAGGCAGCGGCAAGGGUGUUAAUGACACUCCAUCACUUGCACCGCCAUCAACCCCAUUGUCCUUGGUUCCGCCGACGCCGACGGCAAGUAGCAUGCCACCUCCGGCGAAUAAGCGCCAAAAGAGGGAGAAGAUAGAACUGGACAGCAGCAACAUAUAUGCGGUAGAAGGUCAAAUUCUCUUGGCAACAACUCCGCCACUGAUACUGGAGCCAACACGGAACGCGGAAGAGACCAUUCUUUUAUUGGAGGCAAUGGCACAUCCCAAGCACUCUGAACCUCCACCCCAACCAAAGACGCGAAAGAGGACUGUUGCUGAAAUGGCUGCCGACGAGGCCGCCGCUGCCGAUCUGGAACGAUACAUGCUUGUAUUAGAUGACAGGCUGUCUGGAAAUGCUUCUGGAGCGCCGGGCGCCGCCGCCGCCGAUGGUGAAGGCCAGUCAAAUGUAACGACAUUCGAGCCUAGAUUCGAGAGAUUCAAGGUCAUCGAGGACAUCAAGCGAGAUCAUGCCGAGAAGAAGGAACAAGAGAAGAUCAAACAACAAGAGAACGACCGGCGCUUACAGCUCCAGAGGCAGGAGCAGUUGUUACAGGCUCAGCGCCAACAAGCGGAAGCCGAACGACAAAGGCGCGAGGCUGCUAUCCGGGAAAACCAGAUGCGACAAGAAGCCCAACGACAACAGUUGGCAGCACGCACUGCUGCUGCGGCUGCGGCUCAGAGCCAGCAGCAGCAGCAACAACAACAAAACCAACAGACGGCUCAGCAGCAACAGCAGAAACAGCAGCAGCAGCAGAAGCCGCAGCCGCAGCAACAGCCGCCUCAACAACCACAGCAGCCUCAGCCUCAGCCUCAGCCCCAAAGCCAGCAGACGACACAGCAUGCUCACCCUGCUCAAAAUGCCAUUGCUGGCAACAUUGCCACCGGGGUCCCUACUGGCGGACAAAAUGCUAUGGCUAACAAUAUGCAAGGAGCUGCUCAACCUCGCUUCCCGGCUCAAAUGUCUCAAGCCGCAGCCGCUUCGUCGCCUGUGAUUCGGCAAGGAACACCGCAGAAUAUGUCCUCGCCGAUGGUCGGUGGUGUGCCUAUGCAACAGACCAACUCCAACAUGGCGACCAGCCCUCCUCGGCCCCCGUCUGCCGUUCAAAACGGGCAGAUGUCGGUACCCAUGGCACAUAACAUGUCCGCUAGAGGCAGUCAACAAAGUCAUCCCUCGGGCACUCCUCGUAUGCCCAACUCGACGCCCAACAUGCCUCACGGCACACCAAUUAACCGGCAAACUAUGGCAGCUACCCCACGGAUGACACAGGCUAGCCCGCCUCCCAACAUGAUGGCACAGAAUUCUCAGAUGGGCCAGGCUAUGAUGAUGAAUCAACAGAGCAUGAACCAACACAAUCCGCAGAUCGUUGCGCAAAUGGCAGCACAGCAGAGGGCCAUUGCAUCACAGCAGCAGAUGGCGGCUAUGCAAAACGGGGGUGCCAACCCGGGCAUGAACACACAAGCAAUGACGCCCCAGCCACAGCAAGUGAUGCAGAUGAUGCAGCGGCAGCUGAUGUUGCAACAGCAGCAGCAGCAGCAGCAGCAGCAGCAGCAACAUCAGCAACAACAGCAGCAAGGAGGCAUCAUGACACCCGAGCAGCAGCAGCUUGCCCAGCAGUAUGCGCAAAUGCAGCAGAAUAUGCAAGGCAACCAGCUGAGGCAGAUGCCAGCGCAGAUGCAGGCACAGCUACAGCACAUGGCGCGAAUGGGACAGAUGGGCAACCCGAUGCAGAGACAGGUUAGCGGACAGAUGAUGAACGGUAGCAACGCAAAUAUGCAAGCGUUCGCUGCUAUGCAAAUGCAACAACAACAGCAGCAGCAGCAGCAGCAGCAGCAGCAAGCGCAGCAACAACACCAACAACCCCAUCCGCACCAGCAGGGCCAGCCUCAACAACAGCAAAUGGGUGCCAACCCCUUCCAACAGCAGAUACAACUCAAUGCUCGGCAAAUAUAUGCCCGCUUGAUGCAGGGCGCCAUCGUCAAAUUCGGCGGCGCUGACAACGUGCCACAGGAUGCGCUUGAUAAGAUGAAGCAUACUUCCUUGGUGCAAGCGCAGCAAAUGCUUCAUCAAAGCAUGGUACAACGGCGAGCACAACAGCAGCAAAUGACGAUGCAGCAACAGCAGCAACAAGCUGCGAUGCAGGGAAUGGGUGGCAUGAUGGGACACCCAGGCAUGUAG